ACUGUCCCUUCCUCCCAGUGGGCUCUACUGGGCUCUCCUUGAGGGCCCCGGGUCUUCACACUCACGGUCCACACCUCCCCGAGGUCCUGUUCCCUAGUGGUCCACCCCUGCCCAGCCAGGGUCGCCUCUUUCCAUGGGCCACGCCCCAGAGAUUCCGCCCCUCGCCACUCCCUCCUCGUUACCGCGCUAUCUCCCCCUCCAGUAGUAAUCUGCUGGGGCUUCCGGACGCUUUGCACGCGUAGCAGAUGAUCCUCGGUGCAGUCGGUUCUGUGCUGACCUCGCUCCUCCGCAUUCACCGGGCUGCAGCAGUCGCCGCCAUGAGUACUGGCACCUUCGUCGUGUCGCAGCCGCUCAACUACCGCGGCGGGGCCCGUGUGGAGCCGGUGGAUGCUUCCGGCACGGAGAAAGCGUUCGAGCCAGCCACCGGCCGAGUGAUUGCCACUUUCGCGUGUUCAGGAGAAAAGGAAGUAAACUUGGCCGUUGAGAAUGCAAAGGCUGCCUUUAAACUCUGGAGUAAGAAAAGUGGCCUGGAGCGCUGCCAAGUCCUCCUAGAGGCUGCCCGGAUCAUCAAGGGAGGUACUGAGAUUAAUUGGUUAUCAGUCAAGUCUCUGAGACGGAGAAGAAAGGAUCGCUACAGUUCUUACCCGGGAGUAUAAACUUCUAGCUUCAGGAACAGGAAGUCACAGCCCCAAAGGUCUCUCUCUUGGGAGCGGAAGGAUGAAAUUGCCACCGUGGAGACCAUCAACAACGGGAAGUCCAUAUUUGAGGCCCGCCUGGAUGUUGACACUUGCUGGCAGUGCCUGGAAUACUAUGCAGGGCUGGCUGCAUCCAUGGCAGGCGAGCACAUUCAGCUCCCAGGAGGGUCCUUCGGCUACACCCGAAGAGAGCCGCUUGGGGUGUGUGUGGGGAUAGGAGCAUGGAACUAUCCCUUCCAGAUCGCCUGUUGGAAGUCUGCUCCGGCUCUGGCUUGUGGUAAGAGUGAAUGUCUCCUCCGCAGAGAGCCUUCCUCCCCCACCCCACUCCAGUAGACCUUCUGUUUCUUUCUAAUGUGCUCUAGGACAGUCAGAUCUCUGAGGAUGUCGGCCUGUCCCUGCUCUGCCUCACUCCUGAAGGAACUAAAGGUUGAGGUUACAGGCCCUGUCUUUAAGUGUCUCUAUUUUGCAUCUGUCUAGUUUGUCUCUGACAUAGGAUCUGCGGUGUAGUCUAGGCUGCCCUUGUGAGGAUGUCAGCUUCUCUAGUGUUGGAAUGAAAGUUUCUGGCCUCUUUUAUAAAAUGAGACUGAUUACCCUACUUUACACUGAAGUUGCAAGCUUUAAGUGGGAUAAUACAUGUGCCGAGACCUUGAUGCGUGAGAACCCAAGGUAAUGCCAUGAUCUUUAAGCCUUCUCCCUUCACGCCUGUGUCUGCUCUGCUCCUGGCUGAGAUCUACACCAAAGCGGGUGCGCCUCCGGGGCUCUUCAACGUGGUGCAAGGUGGGGCUGCCACAGGCCAGUUUCUGUGUCAUCAUCGCGAGGUGGCCAAAAUCUCCUUCACCGGAAGUGUGCCCACUGGCGUGAAGAUCAUGGAGAUGUCCGCUAAGGGAGUCAAGCCCAUUACUUUGGAACUUGGGGGCAAAUCUCCUCUCAUCAUCUUCUCAGACUGUAAUAUGGAGAAUGCUGUGAAGGGGGCCCUGAUGGCCAACUUCCUCACACAAGGACAGGUCUGCUGCAAUGGGACUAGAGUCUUUGUGCAAAAGGAAAUUGCUGAUAAAUUCAUAAAUGAGGUUGUGAAGCAGACUCAGAAGAUAAAACUUGGAGACCCCCUUCUGGAAGAUACGAGGAUGGGCCCACUCAUCAACGCCCCACAUCUGGAACGAGUCCUCGGGUUUGUCAAGUUGGCAAAGGAGCAGGGUGCUACUGUGCUGUGUGGUGGAGAGGUGUAUGUACCAGAGGACCCCAAAUUAAAACAUGGAUAUUACAUGACACCUUGCAUUUUAACUAAUUGCAGAGACGACAUGACUUGUGUAAAAGAAGAGAUCUUUGGACCAGUCAUGUCCAUUUUAACAUUUGGAACUGAAGCCGAGGUUCUAGAGCGAGCUAAUGACACCACUUUUGGACUAGCAGCUGGGGUCUUCACCAGGGACAUCCAGAGGGCACACCGGGUGGCGGCUGAGCUGCAGGCUGGAACGUGCUACAUUAACAACUAUAAUGUCAGCCCAGUGGAGCUGCCCUUUGGUGGCUACAAGAAGUCAGGAUUUGGCAGAGAGAAUGGCCGUGUGACGAUUGAGUACUACUCUCAGCUGAAGACGGUGUGUGUGGAGAUGGGCGACGUGGAGUCAGCCUUUUGAAACCCAGGGAAGCCUGCUGGCGUAGCCAAGCUGUGGAAUGAGUUGACUGCCUUGACAGGCAGCAUAACUGAAUAGCUUCUUACAUCCAGGCUUUGGGUCAUUAGUGUGAUAACGGGUCAGUGUUGUCCUCUGUCUUACAGUCACCUUCCCAGUUUGAAAAUGUGCACAAGUGCCUUUCAGAUGGUAGCCAGGUAACCUGUUGUCCCAGCCCCUGAGAAAUAUGUAGACCCCAGAAGCGCACUCUUCAGACAUAGGCAGGCCACAGCUCUGCUCCUACACAUUUGUCCCACCAACAAUGGCAGCUUUCUAGUUUGCUUUAAAGCAGGCCUUCCUUCCUGGGUUCCUGGUGAAUCAGUACAUAUACAUUCUUUGUUCAUUGACAACUAAAAAACAAAUUCUUAAAGCUUUUAUUUGGAGCUGGGCAGUACUGGUAUGUGCCUUUAAUCCCGGCACUUGGGAGGCAGAGACAGGUGGAUGUCUGAGUUUAGAGCCAGCCUGGUCUACAGAGUGAAUUCCAGUCUAGGAAGGUCUACAUAGAGAAAUCCUGUCUCAAACAAAACAAAACAAAAAAAAACCCAUAAAUAAAUAAAAAAAUGUAAAAAGCUGUUAUUCUUAGUAUUUGUGGGCUAUGUGACUCAUUGGCAUUUAAACAGCUGUGUUCUAACUAACUAGCAAGACAGCUCAGUGGGUAAGGUCUUAUCACUUAAACCCAGUGACUUCAGGUUUAUCUCUAGAACCCACCCCUUCCCCAUAUCAUACACUGCACAAUAAUAAAAUCUUUCUCAAACGCUGUGUUUUUCUGUCCUUUCUUUGAGAAACCGGACCACCUGGCUAGAGAGACAGGUAGUUGGUGGAGUCGGAUUUUACGCAGAUAACUGACUUGCCUCAGUAAACACUCAUCCUGUCUUCCACAGCACUUUAUCUCUGAUUCUUGCAGUACAGCCUAUGGCCAUAGAACCGAAGAGAACCUUUAGAAUGUGUGAGUUAUUUGUACGCUACCAUUACAGUGAAUUAAAAACCUAUUACACUGCU